CCUCUCCUACCAACAGGCAGCCCACCGCAGCGCGCACUGAAUGAGACACGCCUUUUUCCUCGGCUUCGUCGUUGGGUCGGUGGGCAGCGGGCUGAUUGACCAGCUCCUCUCUCCCUUCGACCCAUCAGCCGUCGGGUUGGCGCCUCCCCUCUGCUCUAUAAAUGUAGGGGAUCUGUUCGCUCCCUUCACACCGAGCCUGCCGAAGUACGAGGAACUGCGCGGCUCCGCGGGAUGUGUUGACAAGACUACGAUUCCGCCUUUCGGUCGUUUUUUUAUUCGCUUGCUAAUUUGCUUUUCGUCUCUACAUCUUUCCUGCUACCAGAGACGUAUCCCCCCCCCCCCCCCUCGUUGCAUAUCUCCGAGCCGUUGGUUAUCUAGAAUGAAGGCUGUUACUCCGGUCCAGCCCCAGGACUCCUCCUCCGACGGCAGCCCGCUCUCGCUGCACUAUCUGUCGAAGCAGAGCCUCAACAUCGCCCGGUGCAGGGUGGAGGAGGAGGACCUGUUCUGCCUGCAGUACGACAUGAACGACUGCUACAGCCGGCUGAAGCGCCUGGUGCCCACCAUUCCGCAGGAUAAGAAAGUCAGCAAAGUGGAGAUCCUCCAGCAUGUCAUAGACUACAUCCUGGACCUGCAGCUGGCCCUGGAGACGCACCCUUCGCUCCACAGGCAGCAGCCACAGCGGACCGGGACCUGCCCCCCGGCCUCCAACCCGAGCCGCACGCCGCUGACGGUGCUCAACGUCGACCACCACCAGAGGACGUCAAUAGUCAAAAAGCCGGAGGACUCUAUUUUAUGCCGCUGAGAUACAAGCACCGCACUGGUGUGUAGGCCGCACAGAGCCGCUCCAAAGCCAGCAAAGCUUCGCCAGGGACUCACACCCAACUGGAGGCACCGAUCACAAGGGGAUUUGGAAAAAAAUAACUAUAUUAAAACGCCAGGAGGAAUUCAACCCAAAUAAAAUCACCACUCAUAAUCAGCUUUUUUUUGUUUGGUUCCAUCGACCAAGGGAGUCAGUAUGUAGACUUCUCCUUGGCUCCUCUACCUGUCACGUGAAAUCUUCUCUAAUUAGAGUGCAACCACGGAAUCCCCACGCCGAAGAAGUUUUUGUCGGAAACGGGCGCUUAAAAACUGUCUGUGAAUUGUGCUUAAAGAAUUACUAAAAAGGACUCCAGUUUAAAGCUUUACUAAACUGCUAAAAAAAAUGGUUGUACAUGUUUUGGACAUCUAUUGUUUCAAAUAGAUGAUUUGUGUUGAACGGGGGGCCUCAUCCCCUGGAUCUGUAAAAUGUUUGAUAUUGUAAAGAAGGACGAUUUCCGAUUCGAGACGAUUAAGAAUGUACAUAUAUAGAGACACAAAUGUUCUAUAAAAGUAUGUGAAAGGAAGACAUAUAUGCUCAAAAUAGACUAUUGUAAUUAUAAGAUAUUUUUAUUAAAACCUUCUUUUUUUGUCGUUAUGUAAAUAUGGUGUUUCGACCUUUUUGAGUCUCUUCGUGGAUGGUUAUGCUCUGCCGAUACUGUCCUCACAUGAUGAUAUCAGCUAUAACUCUUUGCAGUGUUUCUUUUUGUUUUGGAAUAGUUGAAUAUGUAGCAUGUCAGGCUCACUGCGGAGACGUUGAAUGUGCACUGAAGCAGCCCCUCCCCGCUGUAGAAACCCGUGGUGGAGUUCAACACAAGUUCUUUUGAUGAUUCGCCCCACUCUAGCUUUCUCUUGAAUUGUUUUGUACUCAUUAACUAUGGCGACUUUGACCCGCUUGGAGCGCCGGGUCGCUCUGCUGUUUGAUUCAUUUUUUUCCUUGUAUUGAUUCUGUUACAUUGCACUCUUUGUUAAAAAAAAAAAAGAUUUCUUGAGAGUUACGGCACUUCUGACAGUGUUUUGCAAAACCUUUUUAAAAGAACGUUCCUUUUUUGUGCGGUCGCAGCUUCUCCUUGAGAAGUUAAUGACUGACACCGUGAAAAUCAUUCAGCUCUGGUUAUGAAUUGAUGAAAUAUGUGAACAUUAACAGACUUCUUCUGAACAACAACCCGACAGGCGGUGUCUUUAGAUGUGAAAUUACGCAUAGAGAGAGAGAGAGAGAGAGAGAGA